GACUAUUUCACAUGGUGUCCUACGGAAGUAAGUGACAGCAAAUUUUCGCGCAUUUUCAAAGAGAGUUAUGGAUUUGACUGAAGCAGUAGAGCUCAUUUUUUGUCCUAAUGGUGAAAUAUCAGAUGUAAGCGACAUUGAUGAUGGUGAUGAUGAGCUGGAAGAUAUUUUCCAUGCUGAGGAUCCAGAUUUUGUUGCCCUUCCAGACAACAUUGAAAUUCAUGCAGUUCAUGAAGAUAGUGAAGUGAGUGAUAUUGAAGAUAAUGAUGAACCUGUAGGGCGAUCUAAACCAGCAAAGCGAUGCAAGACAAAAAAGUGUAAAUGGCAAAAGAAAGAUGCUCCUUUUCCCGAAAACCAUUUCAAUGAUACAUUCCCAGAUCCACCUGAACAACUGCAUUCCUCUUUGGAAUAUUUCAACAUGUUCAUUGAUUUUGAAAUGAUAAAACAAUGCACUGAACAAAGUAAUAUUUAUGCAAUGCAGAAGGAUGGUAAGGAAUGUGCUAUCCAAAAUGAUGAAAUAGAGAAGUUUUUUGCCAUCCUCUUAUACAUGGGUCUGUUUCCUGCACCAUCAUACAGAAUGUACUGGGAAAAUUCUUCUCGGUUCAAUCCUAUUGCUGAAACAAUGGCAAGAAAUCGCUUUGAAAUUAUCCUGCGCUACUUGCAUUUCAAUGAUAAUUCCAAACUGCCGGGAAGAAAUCAUUCUGAUUAUGAUCCUUUAUUCAAGAUACAACCGUUAUUGAGCAGUUUGAGAAAAAACAUGCUCAAAGUUGACCCAGAGAAGGUAACAGCAUUGAUGAGCAAAUAAUUCCCUUCAAAGGUCGCAGUUUCCUGAAACAAUACAAUAAGAACAAACCCCAUAAGUGGGGUUUCAAAGUCUUUACAAGGGCUGGUGCAUCCGGAAUGAUGUAUGACUUUGAAAUAUACUCUGGAAAGCAAAUGAAACUGGAAGGAGAUCUUGGUAUCUCUGGCAAUAUUGUACUCAGACUUACCAAAAAUUUGGCAGAUCACAAAGAUUACAAGAUAUAUUUCGACAACUGGUUUGCAUCAGUGCAGUUGGUAGAAAUGUUAAAAGAAAGAGGCAUUUGGGCAGUAAAAUUGUUAUAGUUGUAAAUAUUUCUUACUUGUAGUAUUGCUAUUUUGUACAUAUUUUUUUUCUUUUACUUGGAGUAAAUGGGAGCCUCACUGAUCAAUUGUAUUUUUAGUUAAUUUUAUGGAUUUUAAUACAGGCAAAAUCAUUAUAACACUUCAAUGUUCAAUCAAUAAACAUGAGUAUUAAGUAUAGAGCUAUGUCACUAUACUCCCAAUGUUGCCAUUUGGCAACAAAAUUUUAAUUCCAUGAAAAUAUAAAUUUUUAGACUAGCAAUGAAA